AUGAUUAUACUAUUGUCAGCAUUACACAUUAAUUGUUUUCCUUGGUUAUAUAAUCUAGAAAACACGGCUACAAACUUGUGGGAACAUUUUCUGAAUGCUAGUAGAACGUAUUUAGAUCUAUUAUUACAUAGCCAUGGAUUGUUACAACUUCAAUCACAAAAACAAGAACAAACAUCUAACACUGGUGGAAUUAUAGUGCAGCAGCAACAAACUCAAAACCAAAUUCAAUCACCAUUCGGCAUACAAUCACAAUCACAACAUCAGUCUGUAAAUAUUAAUAACCGUCCGACAAUCGUUACAACCCCAAUAAAUAAUCCGUUAAGUCCGAAUGGUGAUGUUGUACCGAUUCAGUUCGAUCAAUCACAACCUCCGCCGAACUCAGCUGAUCAGUCACCACCGGAUGUUGAUAACUUGGUUCCCAGUCAACCACCACCACCAGAACAACAACAACCUGAAGAACAGCCUCAGGAAUCACAGGAUAAUCAAGGUGAGUCAACACAACAGUCACAGCCUGACUCACAAGAACAACCACAAAACCCUGAAUCAUUACCACAACCCGAUGUUGUUGACUCGAUAUCAGAUCAAGCACAACCAACUGAACAAUUGCCACAAGACAUUCAGCUUGAAUCUGAUUCUCAACAACCUAGUCCACCACCACAAUUAGACGAACCACAGUCCGGUGAAGAUACUGUUGAUGAAUAAUCAUUAACAGUAGUCAUCAGGUCAGUCAC